CGUCAUCGCGACUUGACGGUGGUGCGCAUCUCUCCGACCGGGGACUCGGGACCUGGAGCACCUCGGCCUUCUUCCCCCCGCACCGAGCUGCUGCAGAGCGGAGCGGCGACACGGGAGAACCCGAGCCGCAUCCCGCAGGGGCCGCUCGUCGUGCGCGGCAGGGGCCGCGGAGAGACGCGGGGCUGCGGCCAGACGCCGCCGCACUUCGGCGCUUAUUCGAUGCUGGGGAUUUGCAUCGCGUCGCAUUUGCUGCAUCGUUGAUCGGCCGUGUUCCUGCAGAGUGCACGGUGGAGGUGCAGCCUGUCUGAGGACCCCCCCCCCCCCCCCUCCCCCUCCAGAUGUCCAUUGCUGCCAUGAUGGGCAGAGGUCUCCUCUCGACCGCGGCUCAGCCGGCCGGAGAAGAGGCAGAUUGAUCUGCUGUUCGUGGAGCCUGUGAACAUCGUCCGUGAUUGUCACUCAGGGAAAGGGGAGGAAGAACGCAACAUGUCUUCUCGGUCUGCAUUACCGUCUGGAAACGACAGGAGCACCGGAGACCAUCAUGUGUCGCUGGGGGCCAGCCGCUCAGACAAGGCCACCAGCCAGUCCAGCCGCUCGCUGGGCGCCCGGUGCAGGAACUCCAUCGCCUCCUGCUCAGACGAGCAGCCGCACAUCGGCAACUACCGUCUGCUCAAGACCAUCGGCAAGGGAAACUUUGCGAAGGUCAAGCUGGCCCGCCACAUUCUGACGGGCAAGGAGGUUGCAAUAAAAAUCAUUGACAAAACUCAGUUGAACCCAACCAGCCUACAAAAGCUCUUUCGGGAGGUACGAAUAAUGAAAGGCUUAAAUCACCCUAACAUAGUGCAGCUGUUCGAGGUGAUUGAGACGGAUAAGACCCUUUACCUAAUCAUGGAGUACGCCAGUGGAGGUGAAGUGUUUGACUACCUCGUGUCUCAUGGGAGAAUGAAGGAGGUUGAAGCCAGAGCCAAAUUUCGACAGAUUGUUUCCGCUGUUCACUACUGCCACACGAAGAACAUUGUCCACAGAGAUCUGAAGGCGGAGAACCUUCUGCUGGAUGCCGAUGCCAACAUCAAGAUCGCCGACUUCGGCUUCAGCAAUGAGUUCACGCUGGGCAACAAGCUGGACACGUUCUGUGGCUCACCGCCCUACGCUGCCCCAGAACUUUUCCAGGGCAAAAAGUAUGAUGGGCCUGAGGUAGACGUCUGGAGUCUGGGAGUAAUCCUCUACACACUGGUCAGCGGCUCACUGCCCUUUGAUGGGCAGAACCUGAAGGAGCUGAGGGAGCGCGUGCUGCGAGGAAAGUACCGCGUGCCGUUCUACAUGUCCACAGACUGCGAGGGAAUCCUCCGCCGAUUCCUGGUGCUCAACCCCACAAAACGCUGCACCCUAGAUCAAGUCAUGAAGGACAAGUGGAUAAAUUCAGGCUAUGAUGGGGAAGACCUGAAGCCCCACAUAGAACCUGUUGAGGACUUCAGUGAUCCAGCUCGCAUAGAGGUGAUGGUUGGGAUGGGCUUCACUUCAGAGGAAAUCAAGGACUCUCUGCUCAAUCAGAAAUACAAUGAGGUCACCGCCACCUACUUGCUGCUGGGCCGCAAAGGCGAUGAGGGCAGUGACGCUCGCACAGCCAGUAGCUUGUCCCUGGCAAGGGUACGACCCAGCCCCAUCACCAACGGGACCAACAAGCACUCCUCCGCCACGGGCUCCUCUUCCUCCUCCACCUCCUCCUCACACAGCAAGACCCAGCGCAGUGCCUCCACUUACCACAGGCAGCGACGGCACAGUGACUUCUGUGGGCCUUCUAUGCCCGUCAUGCACCCCAAACGGAGCCCGACCAGCACGGGCGACCGGGAGCUGCGGGAGGGACGAAUGCCUUCUCGUAAGGCCAGUUGCAGUGUAAUGGGGAGCCACAGCCUUCCACCGUCCAGCCCAAUGGUCAGCAAUGCCAACAACCCCAACAAGUCUGAGAUCCCAGACCGCCGCAAAGACAUGACCGCCACCACAAAUAACAUCCCUGGGAGCGCCAUGACACGCCGGAAUACGUAUGUGUGCACAGACCGCUCGGGCGCUGACAGACACUCUCUCCUGCAGAACGGAAAAGACAACAGCUCCUUGGGCCACCGCCUGCCUGCAGCGUCUCCCUCCACGCUCAGUAUCUCUGGGGCCGGAGCAGCCUCCUCUUCCUCUUCGGACCGAUGCCGCCUUACCAGAGGCUCCACAAUUCGCAGCACCUUUCAUGGUGGACAGCUGAGGGACCGCGGGCCUCCGGUUUAUUCCGCCCCACCCACUUCACCUACCCUGUCCCACCAUGAAGCUAGCCCCCUGCCCCAUGCCCGCACCAGGGCAACCUCCAACAUCUUCAGCAAGCUGACCUCGAAACUCACUCGCAGGGUCAACCUUGACCCGUCCAAGCGCCAGGGCUCAAACAAAUCAGUCUCGGGUUGUACUCUUCCACAAGGAUCAAAAACAGUUAGGUCGCAAAUGAAUCUGAGGGAAUCAGGAGAUUUGCGGUCACAAGCUAUGAUUCAAUGCCUUCACAUUUUUCUGGCUUUUCCGCCUCUCCCUAGUUGCCAUUUACCUGGGUAUCAAAAAGCGUCCGAGUCCCGGGCCGUCGGACGUGGCUGGGAUCUGAGAGGUGGGGGGCGGCGGGACCCUGCGGAGGUGGUACUGGCUCUGCGGGAGGCAGCGCUCGGAUGUGGCUGCCAGGUCCACCAUGCCGGCCCCUUUCUGCUCUCCUGUACCCACAGUGUGGCAGGGGGACGCGUGGCUUUCGAGGCCGAGGUGUGCCAUCUUUCCACGGGCAACUCUGAGACUUCUAACGGGGUGCGCUACACGCGACUCUGGGGGGCACCGCUAGCGUUUCGGGACAUUGCCACCCAGAUCUCUAAGGACCUUGAACUUUGAACAGAGGGUGUGGUUCCUUAUGAGGGUGUGUUUUUUUGUGUGCGUGUGUAUGUGUGUGUGCAAAUAGAGAGGGGUGGAAAUUUAAAAAAGCAGAGAAGGGGUGGGGGGCUGGACCCGGGAAAAAAGACUUCUCCUUCUGUCUCUUUCAUGACUACCCCACUACUUACGCACACGCACACACGCACACGCACACUCACAUACACGCACACACACACACACACACACACACACACACACACACACACCUGACCCGAAAAGUCACAGACUGAGGCACCCACACUCCACCCUAUCAGCCCACCCAGCUCAGCCAACUUCUUCACUGAGCUACUGCACCCACUGGACCUGGAUCAGAUGGAAUCUAGUUGAAUAUUUUUUACUACUCUAGCCAUAAUGACUCUUAAUUUUGUUAUUUAUUGAUCAUUGUUUUCACCCACUGUCACUUUCACCAUUACCGAAAACACCAUCUCUCUCUUGCGUAGUGGAUGUCAUUGACAACCCAGACGGGGGUUUUUUUAUUGUUCUUUUAUGCCACCUUUUACGUAUUUUUUCUCCACACAAUUGUCUGCUGACUUUUGAUCACCUGGGGAUAAUAACAUGCACAAAUGUGGAGAUGGUCAGACUCAGUGAUGAGACAAGCAACCGCAGAGGGUUGCAUCGCUUUCAUUGGUGUACAUACAACAGUGACAACUGCACUGGAUUAGGUCAGCGGGAGCAGGGUUGACAGGCCCUGAAACAACCAAUCAGAGGCUGACUGUGACACUAAUAAACCAGUGACGUAUUGAACUUGAUGAACAAGUAGAGUUGUCGCCUCUCAAUCACAUUUGCCCUCAUGAGAUUGGCAGAAAUUAAAAAUGUAGAUUAAGCUUCCUGUGAAACUAGCCUCUUGUUAUCUAAAUUGACAUGCAUCAAAAAGGAAGAGGACAUGAUGGUGCAGUCAUACUGUAUACUAGAUUUUAGUUGCAUUAAUAUCAAAAAUGAUUUGGUUAAGUAACAGCUUAUAAGUUAAACUUUCAUAGAAGAAUUUUCAUUGAAUAAAUAAAAUAUACUGAACUGGACACCUGCAAGGACAACAUGCACACUACAUGCUACUCUCUGAUUGGCUGGAUUCAUUGCCUGUCAGUGCUGGUCAAUGACAGUCACCUCCCACAUCAUUUCACCCCUUUCCUCAAAAGCAUUGAUGAGCAAGAUGAACCUGAGAAAAUCUUUCUAACUCAAAUCCCUCAAGUGUUAAAAGAGCGAUGGUGAGCCAUUGAUGUCAUGCAGACCUGUCCCCUUGAUAGUCAGUCGUCCCUCCACAGAAUAAGAGAAACUGUAAAUCUGACCUAUUUUCAGUGCAAUGCAACCUAAAUUCUCUGGUUCUAUUUUGUGCCAUGUGAUCUCGCCUCAGCCAACACGUCAGUAUGUCCAUGGGAAACCGCAAAGGUGGAUCAGCCAAGCUGUGAAACACACUCACAGUUGAAAACACACUUCCAAGUAUCCAGCCUCCUCUUUUUGUGGCACAGUAUAUGAACUGGUGUAUCCAAUAUUGAUAACUGUGGAGAUCGAGGAUUGUGUGGGGGAAUUGUUCUGAAUUGGGAAAAGGCACAAUGAAGGCAGUGUGGACAGUAUCUCUUUCUGUUUAAAUUGAACAACCCCCAUUACCUUCAUACAGUAUAUAUUUAAUGUGAAAAAAAGAUUUUUCUUCUCCCUCCCUGUUUCUAUUGAGUAACAUACUGUGAUAUUUUACGUAGGCUACGGAUCAUGUUGUUUGGCUGCUGAUUUAUUGUUAAUACUAUUUCUCAGUUGUUGCUUUGCGCACAGUGGCCCAAAUUAGCCCCCACCGCCUUUUUCCCCCCACCAAUGAUAAACUCUCCAACACUAAAUUUAACAGGGACGCCAUUCUCAGCUGUCCACAUACAUAUGUACCACCAACUUUUUUUCUUUCAUCACAAUGUGCAUAUGACUUUCCUCUGCUCUUUGUUGGAGGUCCUGUUCUCUCACAGGGAAACACUCUCAUUGUCCACACUCUCACGUUGUAGACCCAUGUAUGGCAUCUUCUAAUUCCUGCUCGGUGUGUGCUGUUUCGUGGAGCCCGACGGGGGAGGGUGGUUUUGACCCGUUCUCCUCCUCCGGGUGAGAAGCAGAAACCAAUAUGGUCACCAGGAGUCUGUUGUUGUCCUCUCCCUGGACGUUUCUCAUUGUGGUGUAUAUUGGCAUUAGGUAAUAUAGACCUCAAUGCACUUUGCUUUGACUUGAAUCAGCUCCUUCCAGUGUAGGUAAUACCCAGAACUAGCCACUGGAGGGCGCCAAUGUCUUAAAUGUGAAACACUUCAAUUUGUCGAUAUUUGCACAGGUACUUUAUUUAUUUUUUAGAAUAAUAUCAUUAAAAAACAGGAUUUAUAUCAGUCAGUUGAUGGCUGUAUAUAAAAUAUAUGAAUAUAGUAUAUAUCUUAGAGCUCAAGGUUUAUUUAUAGCUAGAGCAAGGGAAGUAAUUCUAGUUUAAAGCAGUUUCUGUCAGUGACAAUGGGGAACAAAACCAACCUGCAAUCCUGCAUGACUUCAGAGUUUGGGUUUUAGGGUAAAAAAAAAAACCCAAACAUGAUGCGCACCUAGGCUCGGAAGCUUCGUGAGAUGUAGACACUGUCCAUUUAUAGACUUGAAUUGAUACAGAGAAAACGGUGCUAGAUGCAGCACCAGGUCCCCCCCCCCCCCCUCACAAAAAUAAGAAGGACGGUGUGGAUGAAAGAAUUCACUCCAUCAGGUUGGCUAGAGAAUAGGUUCUGUACUUUCAAGGGGGCUUCUUAGGAGAAUUUAGAUAUGCCAAGAAAUGUACCACAACAUACAGUGUGUAAGAAAGUAGAUCCAGCAGGGACAUUGGGAAAAUAUUGGGCAAUUUUCAUUGCCAGUUCUCUAAACUUGAAUCUACACAGCCCCGGGUUGCAUUCAAGCCAUAGAAAUGUGACGUCGCUGUCUCUUGAUUGCAAAUAUAAAUCAGGUUGUUUGCAAAUCAUUUCAGUGGAAAUUGAUGUGAAAGGGGAUAAAAAGCAAACAUCUUUGUGUAGAACAACUCAGUCUUAGCAUAAGACAAAUUAACGUUGUCUUAAGGUGAAAAUCUACUGUGAUUCAAAUUCUUGAAAAGUUUUGUUUUUUUUCCUCUGUGUUGAGUAAAUGCUUGUAUACCUGCUUAGAGACAGUGUGUCACUGGUCUGGUUCAGAUGGUGGAUGGUAAAGUAUUAUGACCCCAGGGGUCUCAGUAUUUAACAAAACAGAUUAUGGAAACAGUUGAUGUUAUAUGCAAGAGACAGAAUAACAGUUUUACCUGUAUGAGUAACUUUACACUGCUCUACUGUUUAAUUCCUCCCCUCAGAGAGAAACUGUAAACUGAGAUUGCGUCAUUCUGGUAUUUAAGAACUUGGAGCUAAAGAUUAAUAAAAUUCACUGAUGUUGGCA